GCCGGGUCCGACGCAGCGCAGUGGGUUUUCUGAAGGCUGCGGCGCGUGCCGCAUGCCAACACCGCUGGUGACCUCGUGCGACCCUAUUAAUACAAGAUACACCGACAACCGCACAUAGUGUCUCCAAUAUUCCCAACCAUGAAGAUCAUCUGUUGUUGCGUGUGUCUGUCGAUCGCGACUGGGAUGGUGGUCGCGGCUCCGGCGCCGGCCGACGGGUUUGUGUUCCCGGACGAGCGUCGAGUGCGGAAGUUGGAGCCGAUUAUUACACCUCCUGUUCUACCUGUAAUAGAACAUCUGGAGCGUGAUCCGAGCACGUUGCUCCCGAGUGAGAAGAACGCGAAGCGGGGGCCUGUUAAGCCGCGGUUUGGGUUCGGCGGUGGGUUUAACGUGGGACCUUCUGGGAAUGGUGGUUUGACGGCGAGUGUCAGCAGCAGCGCCAGCGGGGCGGGGGCGAGCCAGUCAGCGUCGCAAUCCUUCUCCUUCGGCUUCAACGAAGGCUUCAGCGCGUCACACUCGGCGAGUCAGGCCGCCUCGUUCAACGGAUUUGGAAGUGGGUUCAGCGGUAGUCAAGCCAGUAGUCAAGCUGCGUCUUUCGGCGGCUCCGGUGCGUCCGGGGCGGCUUCCUCCGCGGCGGCUUUUGGGGGCCUAGGCGGCAGUGGCAGUCAGAGCGCUAGCCAGGCGUUUGGCUUUAACUCCCUCAAUGCCUUCCAACCUGAGGCAACGUUCGGCGAUGGUAUUCUGGACGUGCGACACCGUGGGAUCCCCAACUUUCCGAUCCCAAGUUUCGUGGGCCGCAGCAAGGGAGUCAGUGCGUCGACCUUCCGUAAGGCUGGUCUCACCUCAGAUGACGACUUCAUCAGCAUUCUCGUCUCUAAUUAGUACUUAUAACCCGGUCGAAUUAGCCUGAUACUUUGCGUCUAAGCACAGAAUAAGGAAUAACGCAACAACGCGGCAACUCUCCGCUCCCCACCAGCGGCUAAGCUAGGUUUACCUCACCCCCUCGGUCAUACUUUAGUGUUCAAUCGUAUGGGCGUUAGACGUCACACGCACAGAUGCGCGUGUACGAUAACGUCAAUGUAGUGUCUGUGUAAAACAAGGUGUUUGUAUGGAGUGUCCAGGGUGUGGGUCAAAGGUUGCAAGCCGACAAGGUGUCUAGUUUAACGGCAGGGUUUCUUAGAUCGUAAGUUGUAGGAUUUGAAUGAUUGAAAUCACCGAGAUGAUAGCAGAUAUAAUGUAUAUUUUUUCUGUAUUUCUGAAAUAAAAAAAUAUUCAAUAUGACGUACCUAGGUGGAAAACCAUUUUUGCGAGUUUCGCCGUAUUUACUCAAGAGUAGAAAAAUGACACUAUUUUGGUUAAUAUUAAAAAAAUAUACGAAUCGAUUUUAAUAAAAAUGAUAACAAUCAUACUUGGUGUGACAAGUAAGUACCUGUGUAAAAGUCAGAACAAAUAGAUUAUUAUUAUUUUUGUAAAUAAAACACAAAAGUAUUUAUUACUUAGUUACUAAGAUGUUAUUACUUUAUAAUAAAUAUCAAAUGUAAAGAAUAUAAAAUAAUGAAACACGU